CAACAACAUCCCUUCAAUUUCACUGCAGCGGUGGAUAACGCUUCCUUUUCUACGAAUCCAUGUCCGCCGCUACCCUUUGCCGCCCGGUCGCCCUCGUCCCCCGUUCUUCAGCUCCUCGGCAGCGCAGGAGGCGCUCUCUGGCCUCCGAUUCCCUUCUACCCGUUGGCCUCGUUUCUUGCUCCUGCUCACUCAGCUUCUCGCCCUCCGCCGGCUUUUCGGGCCCUCGGCCGAGGCUCCGCGUCCUUUGCCGUGCCGCUGGAACGGAAUCGAAGACAUCCGCCGAUGCUCCUAGUCCCAACGUCGACGACCCUGGCCGAGACCGUCUGCUGAAGGUUCCUAUAUCAAAUAUCAGAAACUUUUGUAUAAUUGCACACAUUGACCAUGGAAAGUCAACCUUGGCGGAUAAACUAUUGCAGUUGACUGGUACAGUACAAAUGAGGGAGAUGAAAGAACAAUUCUUAGAUAAUAUGGAUUUAGAAAGAGAAAGAGGAAUUACUAUCAAAUUACAGGCAGCUCGAAUGCGUUAUGUAUUAGGCAAUGAGCCCUAUUGCCUUAAUCUGAUUGAUACCCCAGGGCAUGUUGACUUCUCUUAUGAGGUUUCUCGCUCCCUUGCAGCUUGUGAAGGAGCCCUUUUGGUUGUAGAUGCUUCACAGGGAGUGGAAGCUCAGACUUUAGCAAAUGUUUAUCUGGCUUUGGAGAACAAUCUUGAGAUAAUCCCGGUUUUGAAUAAAAUAGAUCUACCAGGUGCUGAACCUGAUCGCAUUGCACAGGAGAUUGAAGAGAUUAUUGGGCUAGACUGCAGUAAUGCAAUUCACUGUUCAGCAAAGGAGGGUAUUGGUAUAACUGAAAUUUUAAAUGCUAUUAUAACAAGGAUUCCUCCUCCAAAGGAUACCUCAGAAAGCCCUAUGAGAGCUCUUAUAUUUGAUAGUUAUUACGAUCCCUACAGAGGAGUGAUUGUAUAUUUUCGUGUUGUUGAUGGAAAUAUAAAGAAAGGUGACAGAAUAUAUUUCAUUGCUAGUGGGAAGGAUUAUUAUGCUGAUGAAAUUGGUGUCCUCUCACCCAAUCAAAUGCAAGUCAAUGAACUAUAUGCCGGUGAGGUGGGAUACCUUUCUGCUUCAAUAAGAUCAGUUGCAGAUGCCAGGGUUGGUGAUACAAUCACUCAAUUUGGAAGAAGAGCUGAAAGUUCUUUGCCAGGUUACGAGGAAGCUACACCAAUGGUGUUCUGUGGUCUGUUUCCUGUUGAUGCUGAUCAGUUCCCUGAGUUGCGUGAUGCAUUGGAAAAACUUCAACUAAAUGAUGCAGCACUGAAGUUUGAACCUGAAACUUCAAGUGCUAUGGGCUUUGGUUUUCGUUGUGGUUUUCUCGGUUUACUCCACAUGGAAAUUGUUCAGGAAAGACUUGAGAGGGAGUAUAACCUUACCUUGAUAACAACUGCCCCUAGUGUUGUUUACAGAGUCAAUUGUAUGGAUGGACAAACUAUUGAGUGCUCGAAUCCUUCUUUACUUCCAGAACCUGGAAAGAGAAAAUCCAUUGAAGAACCAUUUGUUAAGAUUGAAAUGCUUACUCCAAAGGAAUAUAUUGGGUCUCUUAUGGAACUUGGUCAAGAAAGAAGGGGCGAAUUCAAAGAAAUGAACUAUAUCACAGAGAAUAGAGCCUCACUCGUUUAUCAUUUACCACUUGCUGAGAUGGUUGGUGAUUUCUUUGAUCAACUGAAGUCGAGAACCAAGGGAUAUGCUAGCAUGGAAUACUCUUUUGUAGGCUACAGGGAAAGUGACUUAGUAAAGCUUGAUGUCCAGAUUAAUGGUGAGCCUGUGGAACCAUUAUCAACGAUUGUGCAUAAAGAUAAGGCUUAUGCUGUUGGGAGGGCUCUAACUCAGAAAUUGAAGGAACUGAUACCAAGACAAAUGUUCAAAAUUCCGAUUCAGGCAUGCAUUGGGACGAAAGUGAUCGCCAGUGAAUCUUUAUCUGCCAUUCGGAAGGAUGUACUUUCAAAAUGUUAUGGUGGUGAUGUAUCAAGAAAAAAGAAAUUGCUUAAGAAGCAGGCCGAGGGGAAGAAAAGAAUGAAAGCAGUUGGGAAGGUUGAUGUGCCGCAAGAGGCCUUCAUGGCAGUUCUGAGAUUAGAAAAAGAGGUGUUGUAACACGUCUCAUCAUUCCAUUUUCGGAGAUUCAAAUCACAACUUCCCUACAUGUUUUGCAACUUCUAUCCAAGAGCACAGAAUCAUCGAAUGACCAUGGAAUCCGUGUAGAACUCUCGUUUAGUGUCUUUCUCCUUCAGCACAAUUUCGUCUAAGCACCGAGUAGAGCUUAAAGGUGAAGGUCGUUUGGCUGAAUGCAACUUCGGUUUAUGCCAAUUGAGUAGAGUUGCUCUAAAGCAAUCCAUGCAUAGAUUGUUGUCUUCUUUGCUGUUAACUUCAGCUUUCAAGAAGCAAAAAAUUGUAAUGGCCCCUCAAGCGAUUUGGUUUUAUAGUAAACCCGCCUCAUAAUGAACAUGAUGUUCUUUUACUUUUGUAAUUUAGUUAAUCUAUGUUCAUAAACUAUAUCUAAAUAAAGGGAUAGAUGAAGCUCCAAUCAAAAUAAGAGGAUCAAAUUAUAUUGGGU